ACCCCCUCCUCCCCCGGAGCAUCUCCCUGGAGCUGGGAAGGGCUCGGGGCUGAGCUCCCAACCUGAGCAUGGCUCGGAGAAGCCUCGCAGAGUCGCAGCCUCCCGCAGCCCCCGGAGCUGCCCUGUAUCCCCGGAGCCGCCCGCUGUCCCCAUCCCGAAUCGCCGCUGCCCACGGAGCCGCUCCAGGGCGCUCGCACCUGGAAGGAUCCCAGCUUGGAUUCCCUGGCUGUUAACAGAGCCCCGCAGACCUGCCCGGCGCCACGGAGGGAAUUCUUCACGGCAGCGUGAAUACUUUGGAAGAGGGCAGUGGAAGGCGGCAGUUUGCACCCCUCCUUCUCUGCUUGAGGGAAAGGAGUUGCCCAACCUAGUCAUGAGACUUUUCCAUACUUCCCAAAGAGGCUUCUGCAGUUCUGACACUGAAUCACGGACAGCCUGGGGCAGCACAGUCCCCCGGCCCCUCCCCUAACCGACAGUAGACACACAGGCACAGGAGAUGGAGAAUGAAGUUGGCAAAUCUGUGGACAAUCAAAUGGACAAAUACAUAGUUACAAUAAUGGGGAAAUCAGAAAGCCAAAUGGAUAUUGUGGAAAAAACUACCAAAUCCGGGAAGAAGCCCUGGAGCUUUGUGGCCAUCGGGCUGGCUGUCCUGCUGCUCCUCAUGACUUGUGCGGCCGUUGCCCUGGUGAUCCUCUAUGCCAGCAGCAGAGGCUCCUACUAUGGCACCAACUCGGGCAAAAUCUGUACCACCCCUGGGUGUGUGACAGCAGCUGCCAGAAUAAUCCAGAACAUGGAUCCCACAGCUGACCCGUGCAAGGAUUUCUACCAGUACGCCUGCGGGGGUUGGCUGAACCGGCAUGUGAUCCCAGAGACCAGCUCCAGAUACAGUAUCUUUGAUAUCCUGAGGGACGAGCUGGAGAUCAUCCUGAAAGGUGUGCUGGAGACUUCAGAUCAAGGGGACAGAGAAGCAUUUCAGAAAGCUAAAAUCCUUUACAAGUCCUGCAUGAAUGAGAGUCUUAUAGAGCAACGAGAUUCCCUGCCUCUGCUGGAGGCCUUGAGGAUGGUUGGAGAUUGGCCAGUGGCUUCUGCAGACUGGAGUAAGACCAAAGAACCAAGCUGGAGCAUGGAGGAAAACCUUUCCAUAAUGAAUUCCAGGUUUAACAAACGUGUCCUCAUUGACAUGUUCGUGUGGAAUGAUGACCGGGAUUCCAGCAGACACAUAAUUUAUAUUGACCAGCCAAGCUUGGGAAUGCCAUCCAGGGACUACUACUUUAAUGGGGAUAACUAUCAAAGAGUGAGAGAAGCUUAUCUGCAGUUCAUGAUCACCAUCGCCAAAAUGAUAAGGGAAGACAAGAACAUGUCCAAAGAUGACUCCUUUGUCCAAGAGGAAAUGGCAAAGGUCAUGGAGUUUGAAACAGAGAUUGCAAAUGCCACGACCCCAGCAGAGGAAAGGCACGAUGUAACCUUGUUGUACAACAAAAUGACCUUAGCAGAGCUGCAGGAAGAGUUUUCAUUCAAUGAAUUUAAUUGGACCUUCUUCAUCCAACGUAUCAUGUCUUCAGUAAAUGUUCAGGUGGAUCCAGAGGAAGAGGUGGUUGUGUAUGGGAUGCCUUAUCUACAAGAGCUGAAAGCAAUUAUCUCCAAGUACUCAGCCAGCACCAUCCAGAACUACCUCAUCUGGCGGCUGGUGAUCGACAGGAUCAGCAGCUUGAGCCGGCGCUUCAAGGAUGCUCGGGCCAGCUACAGGAAGGCCCUGUACGGGACGACCCUGGAGGAGGCGCGCUGGAGGGAGUGCGUGAGCUAUGUCAACAACAACAUGGAGAACGCGGUGGGAGCAAUGUAUGUCCGGGAGACUUUUGCUGGUGAGAGCAAGAGGAUGGUCCGAGAUUUAAUAGAGAAGAUCCGUGAAGUGUUUGUAGAGACUUUGGAUGAGCUACAGUGGAUGGAUAAGGCAUCCAAGGAGAAAGCUCGUGAAAAGGCAAUGGCAAUCAAAGAACAAAUUGGCUACCCAGAUUAUAUUUUGGAAGAUCAGAAUGAGAAACUGGACCUGGAAUAUGCCAAUUUAAACUUCAGUGAACACAACUACUUUGAAAACAUCCUGGAAAACCUGCGAGCUGGAGCUCAAAAGAGCCUGAAAAAGCUUCGAGAGAGAGUUGACCAAGAUAUAUGGAUAAUUGGAGCUGCAGUGGUCAAUGCAUUCUAUUCCCCCAACAGGAACCAGAUAGUUUUUCCUGCUGGGAUUCUCCAGCCCCCCUUCUUCAGCAAACACCAGCCCCAGGCCCUGAACUUUGGAGGGAUUGGGAUGGUUAUUGGGCAUGAGAUCACUCACGGGUUUGAUGACAACGGUAGGAAUUUUGACAAAGAUGGGAACAUGCUGGACUGGUGGAGCAACUUCUCAGCCCUGCAUUUCAAGGAGCAGUCCCUGUGCAUGGUGCACCAGUAUGGGAACUACACCUGGGAGCUGGCUGGGGGACAGAAUGUCAGUGGCAUAAGCACCUUAGGAGAAAAUAUUGCAGAUAACGGAGGAGUCCGACAGGCUUAUAAGGCCUACUUGAAGUGGCUGGAACAGGAAGGGAAGGAGCCAAAGCUGCCUGGACUGAACCUGUCCCACAAACAGCUUUUCUUCCUCAACUUCGCCCAGGUUUGGUGUGGUUCCUACAGACCAGAAUAUGCCAGUCAGUCCAUAAAGACAGACGUUCACAGCCCUCUGAAAUACAGGGUGAUGGGCUCGUUGCAGAACUUUGAAGCCUUCUCCGAGGUGUUCCACUGUAAGAAGGGCACAGCCAUGCAUCCUGCAGGGAAGUGCCGGGUGUGGUAAUCAGGGAUGGGACACUCUGGUGACACCACAAACAGCUCAUGGCAGGAAUGUGCUCGGUGUUCUGCUGCUCAGCCACUGCCAGGGCAGCUGCUGCAGUGAGAGCCAAGGAAGCACUCAGCUCUCCCAGUGCCACUGGGAAGCACACAGGGAUCACAGGGAUCACGGGAAUGGAUCCCGGGAUUGGCAGUCUGUACCAGAGGCCACGCUGUGUUCCUGGGCACAACAACUGUUUCCAAUGACAUCCUGACUGUUACUAAGACACUGCAUCAGGGUUACAAGGACUAACUCUUACACGAAAACAAAACCAACAAGCAGCCACAUAUCUAUCUUUCAGAAAGGAGUAAUAAUUUUAAUAUGUCAGCUCCACUUCCUUAGGCUCAGCAAUGCUAAGAUGUUCCACUGCUCCAUUUCCAGUGUUCUGAUUCUGUUUCUGGUGCAUUCUUCCCCAGAUCAGGUUAGAGCUGGUGUAAACUCUCGUGCUGUCUGUGCCUCUGCACUUCAAUCACUGCUUUGUUGUCAUGGAUUGCUAUUGUUGUGACAUGUCACACAGUGAGCUCUAUGUCAAGAUGCCUGUCACAAUCUCCUCCUGCACUUGAGUUCCUCUAGUUCAAAGAACCCUCUUCAAGUGAGGCAUCACUACAGUUAUCAUAUUUUAGGAGUAACAAAUUCUGUCUUUAUGGUUUAAUUACAGCAUCCUACCCUUCAGAGGUACAUUUAAAAUUAUGCUUAUUCUUGUAGAAAGUGUAUAAAUUUUGCCAAAUCACAGACAUGCAUCCAUGGAAACAAUUAAGCUGGUUUUAACCCUGUGCUUUUUCAUUUUUGUCAUAGGCUAUUUUUCAGUAUUUACACUUGAAAAUGUAACAUGUAUUAAUUUUUAAUAAAAUUUAAAAGAAAAAAAUAAUGGUGGCAAAUUCAGCAAGGAUUUCCCUGUGGAGAGGUAUGGCGGGCUUUCCUUAGUAAGCAUCCUAAAUUUAAAAUAUUUCCAGCAUUAAAUAGUGAAUCUUCAAUAUUAUUCCAGCAAUUUUAUUUUUUUUCUAGCACAGGAAUCAUUUGACAGCAAGGCAGCAACUGACUGUGUGACUCUGCAAAAUCACUGAGCCCUGGAGAUGGGCCAUUAAAGGUUCUGGCACUUUCAGCUGUUAAAGGGAUAAUUAAAAUGUACCUAGGAGGGUUAAUGCCAAAUAACCAUCACAGCACAUGGAAGUUAUUCUAUUUUUUUCGUGUAAGUUCAUCCCAUCUCCCACCUGCAGGACACUUUCCAGCUGCCAGUUUGUGUCAGCACCAAGUGCAUAAGUUCCAACCUCCCCUUACAGCCCCCGAUCAUGGUGCUGUGCCUACACACAAACUGGAGAUAAGAGACAGGCUCCAAAUCCCCAGGAAAUGGCCCUGAAUUCCUACUGACCACUGUCUUACCUUUCCACAAUCAUAAAACGCUUCAUGCCUGUGGGAAGUUCUGUACCAGAAGUGUUUUGCUGCACUUUAGAUUCGGAGACACUGAAGCCUCAGAGAAGCUUUACUACGUACUUAGGAAAAGAAGGAAGAUCCUGAUGUUUCCGAGAAGGAAUCCUAAGCCUUUCCUUCUCCUACGCUGCCACCUGGUGACAAAUCCCACUCCAGCUCCUAAAAGACCAAAACUCAUAUCCAACAGGAGCAACCUUCAGACUCCAUCAAACUACAGUUGGUGCAGACAUCAAACCCUGCAAAAAAAAUAAUUUUUUAGUUGGUAGAUUGCUGAUCCUGGUUGAUGCUGCACCUCUCUCCCUGACUGUGCAAAGCUCCCAGCUCACUUACAGCAGCUUCCACCUGGAAGUGAGAUCACUGGAAGUCAUAAUUAUGGGGCUGAAAGACAGGUAUUUCUUUACAUAAACAUCUUUGGAGAAACUGCUGCCUACAAAUUAAUAAAUCUCUCCUCCUAAUUACAACACUUACUGAACAACAGUAAUAUUUAACUCCUUUCCGUCCUUAAGAGCUGCUUUCAUCUCUGUUUAUUUAAAAGUUCACCCCAGUAAAACAGUAACACUGAGUAUCUCAAGAUCCAGUUGCCUUCAACAACAAGUCCUUAGCAGAUUAAAAAAAAGUCCAAAACAGAAUUUACCUGAAAACUGUUGCAGCACAGAGAUUGCUGAAGGUACCUUGUCACUGUUCUCUGAAUUUUCUCCAUUUCGGGGUUUGGUUUUAUCUUGAAAGUUUUUCACUCAACAAUUAUAGCGACCCCACCUGAGAGUUGUGGAGGGAUGAACACUGGUUGACAUUUAGCAACUUCCACAGUUGGGGGUGUUGGAAAACAUCCAACCCCCCCAAUGAAAAAUUAACCAGCUACCAAGAAAAAUAAUGGGCAAAACAAAAUUGUAUUUUCCCAUUUUCUGUCUUUACUGGUCACUGUGACACAGUCAGGAAGCCAGACCAGCCACAAAAGCAGCAAGCACAACACCAGCAGUGAAUUUGCUGGGUGGUCAUGGUAUUUUCAGAAAGAAAUGUCAGAAAAUGCUUUACUGACUUGACACUUAUUUGAUGACCAAAAGCAAACCCAGUUGUCAGCAGACAGGCAAUCAGCCUCUUUUUAGCUUCAGAUCCUUCCCAAACUUUGGAAUUGUGGCACUCCUUUUUGUACAAAAAGAGCUGGUGGUGACAGAAACUGGAGGCAGUUCACCCUUCCAAGAUUACUGCAAUGCACAGGUUUUCAGAAAAUGAGAAUGGGACUCAAAUAUUUUCAAAUAUUUGCACUUGAAAACCAAAUCCCACCCUAAAAAUCACAAUGUUUUUAUUCUUCGGACUCUAACAGAAUGUGUUUCUUUAUGGACAGAUCUGCCCGUGUGCAGCAGAGAUUUUUAAAGUUAUUUUAUAGCAUUCCCUAAACCCUUCCACUUCCCAUUGUCUGUAUCUUUGGACCUAUCAGAGCUGUGAUUUUGCACAGCCAUUCUUAUAAACCAGAGAGGUUCUGAAACAUCACCUUACUCUCCAAAAACACCCAGAACUAAUUCUGCUAAAAAAACUAACACCGUUUA